AUGGAUGACGAUAUAGAUUACGAAGACGAACGGGGAUGGGAUGAAGAUGGCGACGGUCUCGUUGAACACGAAGCAGAGAUAUGUUAUAUGUUCAUGAUGUUUAGAUUGUUAAGAUCAGACAUAUAUUCAGAUUCAUUUAUAUGUUGUUUCAGAAAAAUUACCACUCAGCAAUAUUUUCAAGCUGGUGGAAAUCCUGAACAAGUGGUAGAUCUACUAUCAGAAAAUUAUCAUGCUAUUGCUCAGACAGCUAAUUUAUUAGCAGAAUGGUUAAUUAUGGCUGGCAUGAAAAUAUCUGAAGUACAAGCAUUAGUUGAAGAUCAUUUAAAACAGAUGAUCAUUAAACACUUUGAUCCAAAAAAAGCUGACUCUAUAUUUACAGAUGAGGGUGAAACACCAGCUUGGUUAACAGAAAUGAUUGAACAUCCAACUUGGCGAUCCCUGAUAUAUAGAUUGGCAGAAGAUUAUCCAGAAUGCCUCAUGCUAAAUUUUACAAUCAAAUUAAUAUCAGAUGCUGGAUUUCAAGGUGAAAUAACAAGUAUAUCUACAGCCUCACAACAGCUAGAAGUGUUUUCUCGUAUAUUAAAAACAUCUAUAUCAAAUUUUCUAGAAGGUGGAGAAGAAGAAAUGGAUAAAAAUCUUUCAGAGUUUACUAAAAUGGUCUGUCAUGGUGAACAUACAUAUCUGUACAGUCAAACUUUAUUGCAUCUUUUAGCACAAGAACCUCGUGGGGGUUUUAAUAUCAAACGUCUUUCACAGGAAAUCAGUAAAUAUGCUCAACAAGUAGGGCAUGAUGCAACUCCAAUUACAAUGGCUCUCAAUGGAGCAGCUGCUUUUCCCAGAGCUUGUCAAGCACUUUCAGCAAUGUUAGCAAAAAAUGCAUUAAAUCCAGCCGAUAUAACUGUGUUAUCCAAGAUGUAUCAAUCUCCAGAACCUCCACCUGUUGAAUUAUUACGAGUGCCACAAUUUCUAGAUUUGCUUAUGGAUGCUCUUUUUAAACCUGGAACUAAAUUAAAUCCAGAACACAAACCAAAAUAUAUAUAUUUAUUUGCCUAUGCUGCUAGUGUUCAUGAAAUUUAUAAAAAGAAUGUUAGGAAAAGUUUAAAUAAAGAUGAACUGAAAGCCACAACUCAAGCCAUAGAGAAAGUACAUAUUAUUUGCAAUGAAAAGAAAGGAUCUUCAGAAUUAAUAGCUGAGUUGAAUACACUUUAUCAAUGUAUAAGAUUUCCUGUAGUUGCAAUAGGAGUGGUUCAAUGGGUUGAUUAUACUGUUUCAGAAAAAAGUUAUUUUAAGUUAUCUACAGAACAUACACCUUUACAUUUAGCCCUUUUAGAUGAGGUAGCAACAUGUCAUAAUACUUUACAUCAAAAAGUACUUGAUUUAUUAAUUAGAUUGUUUGAAUCUCCUCAAGAAGAACUUGAUGUUCUUGUUCAGUUAGAAAUGAAAAAAAUGCUUUUAGAUCGAAUGGUGCACCUGUUAAGUAGAGGAUGUACAGUUCCUGUUGUUAAUUAUAUUAAAUCUUGUUGGCAAAGACAAGAUACAGAUGUAUCUUUAAUACGUUAUUUUGUUACUGAGGUAUUGGAUAUGAUUGCACCGCCAUAUACACCAGAAUUUGUUCAACUUUUCUUGCCUCUUGUGGAAAAUGAAGAAAUUACUAGUAAUAUGAAAUGGGAAGGAGACAACGAUCCUGUAGCAGAAUUUAUUGUUCACUGUAAAUCUGUAUAAAGGAAAGCCAAAUAAGUAUAGGAAGUACAAUCAGUUGUUGUGAUAAGUUUGUUUAAAUUUUUUAAAAAUU